GAAUCGACCCCGCUGGACCCUCCCUCGUUCUCUCCUCCAUCUUAUCAACUUUAUAUCCGUUCUCAGCGGCGAAUCUUCGAGUCUUUGAUGCCCAAUCUAUGCCGGUUCAGAACAAUCAAACUCCGGAUUCCGGUUCAUACGAACCGCUUUCUGCAACUCUUCUCUCAUCACUUUCAUUGCUUCUUCCUUCUAUAAAGUAGCCGUCUUUCUCCUUGCUUCACUUGAAAAUAAAAUAUUGGGGGAAGAAGAAGAAGAAGAAGCAAAAAUGGGAUCUUUGAUGGCAGAGCUCGGCCUCGAUUUGAAGCUUUUUACCAAAAAAACCAUUGGGUGCUUUUUGAAGAAUGAGAUGAAGCUGAAGGAUUUCGUCGGCCUGCUGGAGGAAGAACGCCAGAAGAUCGAAGCUUUCAAGCGCGAGCUUCCUCUUUGCAUGAUUCUCGUCAACGACGUGAUCGAUGAGCUGAAACUUGAGGCGGAGCAAUGUCAGGGCGGCGACGGUGUUAUUGAGGAGGAAUUCAUCCCUCUCAAAGCUAGAUCAGAUGAAGAAGACAAAGAAGAUCAGAAAGAUGUGAAAUUGGAGAAGGAUAACAUGGAAAAGAUGGAUUGGAUGAGCUCUGUUCAGCUCUGGAACGAUAAUUGCAGCGAUGAGAGUGUCAAUUUCAAGAAAGAUUCCCACAAGCAGCAGAACGGCGAUGCUGUGUCGCUGGAAUCCAAAAGUCGAAGCGCUGGCAUCGGAGCUUUCUUGCCGUUGAAAGUUAUUCUGACGAGGAAUGAAGAAAAAACUUUGAGUAUCUCGUUGCCGGAUCUUCCUACGGCGAUCUCGGCUCCGACAGCCACUACCUCGGCGGUCGCCAGCGACAAUCGCAUCAUCGGUCAGUCGGCGCCAUCGACUUCGGCUGGCAGCGCUUACCUGGUCUUGCAGGCUCAGAGGAAAGCGCGGCGCUGUUGGUCGCCGGAGCUUCACCGGCGUUUCGUGAUGGCUUUGCAGCAACUUGGCGGUGCGCAAGUUGCUACUCCAAAACAGAUCAGAGAACUGAUGAUGGUCGAUGGGCUGACAAACGACGAAGUAAAAAGCCAUUUGCAGAAAUACAGAUUGCAUACACGAAGAAUGCCCAGUUCUACAGCGACUGAAGCGAACAAAGCAGUCGCCAUGGUUGGAAGCUUGUGGGCUUCUCAGGAUCAAAGCCAGAUCUCUCAACAAAGUGUUACUCAGUUUGGUUCACCGCAAGGACCCCUUCAGCUGGCCUGCACUGCACAAGCUCUUUCUGCAACGGGAGGAGAUAGCUGCGAAGAUGAUGGAAGAUCAGAAAGCUAUAGCUGGAAAUGAUUGGAUUUCUUCCUUUAUUGAUUAGGUGAGAAGCAGUUGCAGAGCUAGUAAAGAAAUACUUCAUAGAUGUAUAGUAUGAUCCAGAAUUUUGCAGAUUUGAGUCAACAAUAACUAAGCUGUAGUGGAGCUGUUCACCUGAA